UUCCCUUCCCCUUCUGCCCCUUCGACACCCCCCAAGGAACCCAAUCUCUCGGAAGCCGUACUUUUUCGCUCGUCCUAGUCCCGGGCCACCUUUUGCUACGCUACCGCUGGCUCACUCGCUUCUCACACUCUUAUUGUGCUUGUUCCCUUUCCCUUCCUUCCCUUCCCUCCCGUCCCUUUUUAUUUCACAUCCUGCCCACCUUCAUUCGCUUUCAGAUUCCCUUCCCCGGAUCUUCUCUCCUCCUCUCCAUCACAUCUUUCCUUCAACCUCUCGCUCUCGUCGACAUACCUUCCUACGACCGCCGCCCAACAUCUCGUUAGCCGCACUCCCUACUACUACUACAGACCCAACUCGCAGCAGCCAACAUCGCCGGUGCCGAAACAUCCGCCCUUCGACGACGACUUUUUUUCUCUUCGGUUGCAAAUUAUAACAGCAAAUCGAGAUAGCAAAGAGGGAAUACCACCGGACCUUCUUUUUUUCAACCCGACGCACACUCGUUCAACGUCUCCUUCGUUCUACAUCCGCAGCCAGACUCCCACAGUGUGUCGCUAUAGACGCCAUCAAAGCACACAUUCCUAAGCCGUCAUCCCUCGACAACAACUUCAAUAGCCAUCACCAGCAUCUCUGAGCUAGAGAGCAGUGCCAACAACUUCCUAUCUUCCUCGCAUACCACUAUACGAGGCGAUAUACCACCGCCACCUAGUUUUUUAGGGUUCAACUACUACAGUUGUCGUCGGGCUUCUUGGCAAAGCCUUGCAACAGACGACUCGGAAUCUACUUCCACCCAUCAACCCCAAUCUCAACUAUAUAACACAUCACAUCAGACAAGAUGGUUCCAGAGCAAGGCACCGGCUUCCCGGUUGAGCGUUCGAGAAGAACCAUGUCUACUUCCGCCGCUGGCGAGAACGAACCUAGACAAGAGACCGAUGUCCAGCACGUAAAGCCCGUCCAGGACGAGCAGAAGACAGCCACUAUUGCACAGCCUUCGCAAGAAUCGCCGAGGAGAUGCGAAUCCGCACCCCGAGCCACCUCGCCCGGCACCUCUCUCCGUCACAACACCCCUACCGUCUCCAGAACAUCGACACCUCAGGCUGAGGCUCGCUCCCCUACAUCGACUACUUGGCCUAUUGAGCCUCCUGUCACCAGAGCUACCUUGAGUGAACUUGAUGUCACCAAGAUUAUCCACAACCCCAAGUUAAGACACGAUAUCAACUUUGAUCCCGAACUGCACUUUCGCCCGAACCUCGAUGGCGAAAAGGGCCGCAAGAAGCAAGACCGUGCCAACCACUUCUGGACCGCUCUCAAGCAGGAGCUCACCGAGUUCAUUACCGAUAGACCUACCUUUUACGAGAAGCAUGGCCACACAGAUGACUGGACCCUGCCUCUUCUCCUCAAGUCGGUCAAGGAUAUCAUCCAGACCCUCGUUCCUCAGCGCGACCGCCAGUUUCUCGACGAUGGCCUCAAUGUUGAGCUGCUUAUGCAGCAGUUCCACAAGGGUGUUGCUGAUCUCGAGAAGCUUGCUCUCUGGCUUUCACAAGUGCUCAAGUCCCACUGCGCCCCUAUGAGGGACGAUUGGGUUGAUGCCAUGUACAACCAGCUGAGCAAGGGCAACCGCGAGUCGAACCUCGACGAACUUGUCAACGGCAUGCGCAGCCUGCUUAGUGUGCUCGAGGCCAUGAAGCUCGAUGUUGCCAACCACCAGAUUCGAUGCCUCCGACCUGUGCUCAUUGAGGACACCAUCCAUUUUGAGCAAAAGUUCUUCUUCAAGAAGAUCCAGGCCCGCAAGAUUGACAUUCGCCCGGCUACUGCCUGGUACAAGGGUGUCGAGGCUCGCUACGGCAAGGACGACACGCACCCUACCCAGGCCUUUGGCGACUCUGGUAUUUUCUUUGAAGGCCUCUCCCGUCUUAUCCUGCCUUCUUCCCCUGAAAGCCGCCUGCCGAGCAACUUCCUCUUUGAUGAGGAGCGUAUCCUCAAGCUCCGUUCCGACAUGCUUGACGCUGUCAACCUGGAAAUUUGCAUGAGAAUGUACGAAGACUUGGAGCGCAUUGGCCGCCUCAGCAACUCUGGUGUUUUCGGCAACGGCCCUGCCCUGGACGAAGAGACACUCAAGGCAUCCGAGUUCAACUUCAACUCGCCAAUUGACACCUCGCGCCCUUCCAGCCUCGCUUUCAGCAACGCCUCGGCAGACUCUGCCAACUCCUCGCCUCGCUCGUCGGUCGGCCUGCCCGCCUACGUUGCCCCUGAAACUAGCGAUGCUAAGAGCAAGGCCCGCAAGGUGUAUGGCUCGCUCAUUUCGUUGCUGCAGUCGACUCAGCCUACUAUGCAGGCGUCUCACCGCUGGGAGUCCAUUGCGCCCUCCAUGGCUCUUCAGAUCUUCCGCUUUACCAACGCCCCAACGUCGCUGCUCGCCACCUUUGAGGAGAAGCUCACCAGCAGCAUCUGCCGCAUGGACUCCAAUCUCUACAAGGAGGUUGAGCAGGCUUUCCAUGCUCGUCUUAUGAGCGACCUCGCCCGCCGCGUCCAGGAGCUUCGUUCGCUCUCUGGACUUUCCCUCUUCUCAGUCUCAACAGGCAGCCGCGUCGCUGGCACUGCCAUUCGCGAGCGCGAGUUCGAGUCGCCCCUCCGCGACUCCAACGACGAGGGCGUCAUUGAGGACAUGGCAGCACGACUUGCUCACGUCGGUAUUCUUCACUGGCGCGUCUGGGCACAGCUGGCCUAUGUCGACGACGAAGAAGACGACGACAGCAUGGCGAUUGACGAGCCUAGCCAAUAAGCGAACUCCCUUUUAAUCAUCUACUACUCCUACCAGCGCUCCUUAAUGUGCGGAUCCCACCCUCCCGCUUCCUCCAUCUCGAAUCUCUUUAUUAGACUCGGCGUCCUCCUUUUUCCUUUUUCUCAUCAUUCGAUUCUACAACCUACAGCGGUAGAGAGAAGCAAUAUCUCCAUGUGACACCACAACCGCGGAGGAGAUACCAACCGGCGUUUUUCUUUUGCUCUUUUGUCUUUUCCCAUUGCAUUUUGAUAUUUUUGCUGUGAGAGCUGCCAUCAUUUGUCAUUCUACCUCAUUGUUGUAAUCCGGCAGCUUUCUUUUUUUUUGAGGGGGGGGGGGGGGCGGCGAUGAAGAGUGAACGCAAGAGUUCCCUUUCUAUAUUGUUUUUUUUUUGCUAUGGGCCUCAUUUCACGAGGUUGUUCAGGGGCGUUUUUGGCCGGAGUACACUUACCCAUUUCAUUUUUUUUCUUUCUCAUUUUUCUACGCAUCGUUGUCUCUUUGUUAGAUACAAGCCGCCGCGCGGUGGAUAGUUUGUCAAGCUGCAUAUUUUGGUGCGGCGUGUAAGAUUGAGUGGCGCUGCUUGAGGCAGUUGCCCAAGGGGAAGAAAGAUUAGUAUAAACGAGUCAAUAC